UUGCACGGGUGGAAAACUAGUUUACAACAAACGUGAGAAUUGAGAAAGAGGUUUCUUCAAGUCUCCUUCUUCUUCGGAUCAACACUAAUUAUUGCAAAAGAAAAAAAAAAAAACCUCACCAAAUGACAGAUUCACCCACUACAUCCCCAUGUAAUAAUACCCACGAUCUCCAACUCCAUGAAAAUAAUAAAAUCCCAGUUGAAAUUAUCAGUGAUGAAGAAAUGGCCUUCAUUGAAGCCGCAUUUUCUUUAGCAGCUCGUCGUUCUUCUUCAUCUACUUUCUCUCUCCUCUCUUCUUGCAAAUCUCUUAGGGAAUUCUCGAGUUCAGUGGUUUGUUGUGAUGUUGAAGAUUUGGGUCAAAUUAAGAGUCCCCAGAAAAAGAAAACCAAGGUUUCUCAUUCACUUUUGAGUCGGUUUAGGAAAAAGAGGGGAUUAUCUGUCACUGAUUUGACUUCUACGGAAUGGUGUGAAAAACAAAUGGAGUUCUUUCUCUCAUUUGGUAGGCCAGAAAAGACAAAUGCGAUGAAAGCGGGGAUUACUCGCCAUGCGAAGUUGGAAGAAGAGGUAUCUAAAAAAGUCGAAGUACGGGUUGAAACCCUUGAAGAUAUAUGGGCUCUGAAGUUUAUGAAUUUUAUUAUUUGUGCAAACCAAAUAUUGUUUGACGGAUUAACACGUGAAAUUCCUGUAGUGGGCUUUGUUCAAGGUGUAUGGAUGGUGGGAGUGAUUGAUGAACUCCGGAUGCCUGUAACAGGAAACGACAGAAAGUUAACGCUGGUUGAUACAAAAACUCGUGGACAACCAAGGCUUCCUUCUGAACCCCAACGUAGAAAUGGAAGGCUACAACUGAUGUGCUAUAAGUAUCUCUUGGACAAUUUGGUCUCUAAUAACUUCCCUUCUAAACAAUUUUAUGAACACUUUUCAAUGGAUCCUCAGCAUGUUUUAUCUGAUGAGGUGAAGAUGAGUGCCGCUGACUCAGGUUUCCCUGCUGAGACACUUGAAGAACUGGAAACUUUUUUCAAUAAUGUUUGUGCUGUGCUGCCACCUGCUCAUGAUCAGCUUCUCUUGAGAGAAUUAGGCUAAAAGCCUAUUUAUAACCCGACUCAAAAAUCGCUUCCCCGCCUCAAAAUCACGCUUGGCCGGUCAACCGGGCCAAAACCGCCCGGUCGUGCAGGACUGCCCGGUCGGGCUCGCAAGCAUAAACAGCUCCAAGCUUACAAACAUCUCGCCCGGCUGACCGGGCUAGCUCUCGAAGCCUCCGUUUUCGCCGCUCUUUCACUAGAUUCAAGGCACUCGAUCUUACACCUAAAAUAGCUUAUAGCUUGUUGAGGCCUGAACCUUGGUGGUACGAUCUUGCACGAAGUCAUUCUUCUACAACUUGAUUCGUUUUUAAUGGUUUUGCCUCCUGUACAAAGAGCCUUUUCUCUUCCGGAUGUAUCAUGUUUCUAGUUCGAAUAAAAGUUUUGUUUUGUCUAAAAACCUAAAAGAUUUUUUGAUUACUUGUAUGUUUUAACUAUUUUCCCAUAGCUAUUGCCUAUGUUGUUACUUAGCUCGAGUUUGUAAUUUUUCAAAGCUUCAUUUUUUUAGUCCCAAAUGAAGUACCAAGUGUCUAUAUCAUGCCAGAGAGUCGAGGAACCGACAUGUAUAGUUGAAGUAAAAUGAAGAAUCAAGUAACAUAGCUACU